UGCUUUUAUAACAAGAUCCCAAAAAAAAUUCAAAUCAAAAGUAUUACGAUAUUCAAAAGAAUUGUUAAAAAACGUUUGUGUGGUAAAGGAUACUAUAGCAUAAAUGACUUUCUUAAUGAUUCCACAGAUAGGGAAUGAAGCAACCGCCCUCAGGCUAUUAGACAAUAAGUUUAAUUGCACAAUAUUGCUUGGUAAACAAAAUUUUGAUGAAAAAAAUAGCCCUCUGAAUUUGUUACCCCCAUUCCUCUCAAGUCUGAGGAAUCCUUUUUGGAAUUGGUGGUAGUUUUGACUUUCAAUAAGUGAUGUCACAUCCUAUUUUGAAUAAAAAUAUUUCAAUUUGAACUUGCACAAUGUGCGCCCGUCUAUAGGAAACGGGUAUUGCCGUCAUUAUGCACACCAUUGCUGAACAAGUCCCAAAAAAUCCGAAGCACUGCAAGCGUAAGUAUCAAUGUAAUGUAUGUAUAAGUACAUAGUCAUUUAUAACAAUUCUAUCACCUUCUGAUUUAGGUUCCUUUGUCGCAUACCACCAAGUGACCAAUACACAUCUAUUUCCUCCUCCUUCAUAAAAAAAGAAAUUCACAAAGUUAUUUUAAUCCACGUGACAUGAUUUUAUCGGAUACAAACUAAGCCAAAGUAACAUAAUUUAUCACUAAGCGAUAGGACUGCUAAGUACUUAGAUUAACUAGAAUUUUAUCAGAGACACGUCAGUUCGAUGCUAGCAAAAUGUGAGCGUGUGAUUCAUAAACAUAACAAAUCAGUUCGUAAGCAUGGACAAAAUUAUAUUUAUUAUUGCUUUAACAACAAUUGUGAAUGGAGAUGUGAUUGUUUCUACAAACUCAGGCAAACUAGCCGGAAAGGAAGUAAACUCCAUAAUUCCUGGUUACAAGUAUUACUCUUUUUUGGGCAUACCAUAUGCGAAACCUCCAACUGGAACACUUCGAUUCAAGCCUCCAGUUCCUCAUGAAGGUUGGGACGAUGUUUUAGAAGCAAAGAAAGAAAAAAAAACAUGCGCACAAUUCAGUUUACCAGAGAGUUCUAAAAAAGAACAUGGAUUUAGUGGGGAUGAGGACUGCCUUUACUUAAGCAUUCACUCACCCAAAAUUUCGGCUGAAAUAAAAAAAAAUCCUGUCAUUGUUUUCCUCUACAAUGUACUAUUUAAGACAUCAUACAAUGGCUCUAAAGAAUUCUCACCUGACUUUUUCAUGAAAGAAAAUGUUAUUAUUGUCACUAUUAAUCACAGACUUGGAGCACUCGGCUUUUUAUCUUUUGGAGAUACUGUACUACCUGGAAAUAAUGGGAUAAAAGAUAUUAUUAUAGCCUUAAAAUGGAUACAAGAAAAUAUUAAACAUUUUGGAGGUGAUUCUGAAAAUAUGACACUAAUGGGUAACCAAGGUGGAAGUGUUUUAGUUGACAUACUAUUACGAUCACCUAAGGCAAAGGGACUUUUCAGCAAAGCUAUCCUACAAAGUGGAACAUCAUGGAAUUCUAUGGCAUUUGGAAGAGAAUCAGAAAAGAAGGCAAUUAGUCUAUCAGAACAUCUUGAGAAUAAAGCUACAACGAGUAAGUCUAUAAUUGAGAGACUAUCAAAUGUGUUAGCAGAGAAUAUUACUGCAGCUGAACUGUUAUGCUCUCAUCCAGAUGAAGCAAGGUCUAUUCAAAGAGGCAUACUUCCGUUUGCUCCUGUAAUUGAACCGGAUCAUCCUGAUGCUAUUAUAACAGAAUAUCCUGAAGAAAAUAAAGAUAAAAUUGAAAUACCAAUAAUGAUUGGUUACAACUCCCGAGAGGGUAUCGAUCUAUCCGAAAGAUUUCUUCAAAAGCCUCAGUUUCUUACCUACGCUGAUAGAGAUUUCCUAAUGUUACUGCCAAUUCGGACUGACUUUCAUUUCCAGAAUAAUGAUGAGGUAUAUUUUAAAGCGGUACAAGAAAUAAAGGAUUUUUACUUUAACGAAGGCUAUAUUAAAGUUGGGAAACCCGGUGAAUAUUUAUCCUACAUACACGAUGUUUCAGUAUUUUAUCCCAUUGAUUUUACUGUUAGAUCAUAUGCGGAAAUUUCGUCGGCUCCCAUUUACUACUAUAUGUUUGACUACAGUGGAGAUUUGAAUUACAAGAAGAAGUCUUCGCUAAAAGAUGCAGUAACAAUCGAUGGCACGUGGGGAUCUUCAACUGGGGAUGAAUUGUGUUACUUAUUUAUUUGCAAUCCAAUAAGGAAAACAUACAAAAAACUGUUAGACGAAGAAGAGUCUGAAGAGAUUAAAGUAUUGGAGACAAUGGUGGGCUUAUGGACAAAUUUUGCAAAAACUGGCAAUCCUACGCCACAUGCAGAUGAGGUUACUUGGAAUCCAGUGACGAAAGAAAAAAAGGAAAUUCUAGUUAUAAGUGAAGAGUUAAAAAUGAAAACCAACCUCCAUGAAGAUAAAGUAAGAUUCUGGGAUGAUUUUCUUGAAAGAUACAAUAAUAUAGCAGUUGAUGGAGUUGUUAAAGAUUUAAUUAAAGAUGAAUUAUAGUUACAUUUCUACUUACUAAAA